ACUGUUUUGGCGAACUUGAGUUGACCAGCUACUGAAUAACCUUUUAAUAAUCCUUUAAUAUCUCGUUUUUUUUUGUAAAAAAAAUUUCUUCUACUUAAAGAGAAACAUUUUAAGAUUCUUAGUCGGAGUUUGCUGAAUUUUUGAAUGAGUUAUAUCUAAUUGCAGACAUUAUGCAGCUAUAUUCCUCUGAAAGUGAGUCUGACGAAUCACAAUAUUGGGUUGACUGGUUUUUGGGGCUUAAGGGCAAUGAGUUUUUUUGCGAAGUAGAUGAAGAUUAUAUUCAAGACCGAUUUAAUUUGACUGGUUUGAGCCAGGAGGUUCCUCAAUACUCUCAUGCUAUAGAUUUAAUUUUGGACGUUUUGGAUCCUGAUUUGUCUGAAGAAAUCCAGGAUGAAGUAGAGGCUAGUGCCCGCCAUCUAUAUGGUCUUAUACAUGCCCGUUAUAUUUUAACAGCUCAAGGAUUGUACAAAAUGCUUGAAAAAUACAAAAAAUGUGAUUUCGGUCAUUGCCCGCGUGUGUUGUGCAACGGUCAGCCAAUGCUACCAGUAGGUCUCUCUGACAUACCUCAUACGAAGUCUGUGAAGCUUUACUGUGCUCGAUGUGAAGAUGUGUACACUCCAAAGUCUCAGCGUCACGCUUCUAUUGAUGGUGCGUACUUUGGUACUUCUUUCCCUCACAUGUUGUUCCAAGUAUAUCCUGAAUUGGUCGUCCCAAAGUCACAUGAAAGAUAUAUCCCUCGCAUCUUCGGAUUUAAAGUGCAUUCUUACUCUGGAAUAUAUCGAAAACAAGAUAACUACAAAGAAAAGCAGAAGAAACGCCUUCAAGGAGAUAGUGCCGAUUCUAAGGAAGAGAAUGCUGUUACCUAAGCUAUAGCUGCUGUUUGUAUAUACUCUCCUUUAUUGUUUCUAAUUAUUGAAAAAUGUUAAACUAGAAACCCCUCACGCAUGGUGUUUUAAUUCUCUAUACUCAACUACGCGUCGAGCGUGAUAUGUACGGAAGAAGUAAAGAGACAAUUUGUUGUAUCUUUUGAUGGUUAAUAAAUUUCUUUGCACGAUUUUGAUUUUGGACAAGAAAAAUAAAAAAAAAAUUAUUUAACAGAUUUAUAAACAUUACUUUAGCUUCUUAAAUGUCUAAACCCUACUUCCGUAAAGGGCAAAACCUUAUCAACAAUAUUAAGAGUCAUCAAUAUCUAUCAUCAAUUCAUG